GCAGAUGAUGAGUGAGCGUUCUCGUACCAGCUGACAAAUAUGACAUACUCUUGGCAAGCUGCCUCCCUCCCAGUGUUGAUGGUGAUGCUUGUGUUGACCUCUGGGACUUCCCUCAUCUGGAAUUUACCUAAACAGGCAGGCGGGACCUUGCAGACGGAGGACCUUCAACCAGGCUACUGGGCGACCAUACAUGCGCCCGCUAGCUGGGAGCAGCACCAGAACACACCACCGCAGAAUACAUUCAAGAGAAGAAAACGUCAAGAUGAGGUCUUGCAUUCAACACCAGCCAACCUGAGAGUAGUGUCGAUUGGACAAGACUACGUUGACCUAGAAUGGCAGUAUGGAGAGGAAGGUGUGGAGUUCCUGGUGAACGUGUACUACUCAGGAGAGCAGUUUGCUAAGGACCAGUUUGCCCGAGGAACGUCUGCAAGGGUGGGCGGGCUGGCUCCGGGCACCGACUACACACUGAGGGUCAAGGCUUUCAAGGCUCUUCCUCAUGCCCGUCGAGCAUACAGCGCAGAAAGUGAACCUGUUUCAGCCACAACUCAAGAUGUGGUGAUGCCAAAACCAAGCAACCUGCGGGUACUGACAACUAAUAGUGAAUAUAUCGACAUAGAUUGGCAGUUUGACGGAGAUCAAAGAGACGUAGAGUACACAGUGAAGGUUUUCUACAGUAGCGGAGAGUUAGCUAAAGAACAGGGGUCACGAGUAGCGUCAGCGAGGGUGGGCGAACUGGCUCCAAGUACCGAUUACACAGUGUCAGUGAUGGCGUUUAAGGCUCUCCCUCGAGGUCGCCGAGCUAACAGUCCUGAUAGCGAUCCUGUCUCCGUUAGAACUCAAGAUGUGGUGAUUCCAAAACCAAGCAACCUGCGGGUACUGACAACUAAUAGUGAAUAUAUCGACAUAGAUUGGCAGUUUGACGGAGAUCAAAGAGACGUAGAGUACACAGUGAAGGUUUUCUACAGUAGUGGAGUGUUAGCUAAAGAACAGGGGUCACGAGUAGCGUCAGCGAGGGUGGGCGAACUGGCUCCAAGUACCGAUUACACAGUGUCAGUGAUGGCGUUUAAGGCUCUCCCUCGAGGUCGCCGAGCUAACAGUCCUGAUAGCGAUCCUGUCUCCGUUAGAACUCAAGGGACUUCCCCGCCAGUCACUCCACCAACUCGCCCCACUACACCACCACCUCCACCAACUCGCCCCACUACACCACCACCUCCACCAACUCGCCCCACUACACCACCACCUCCACCAACUCGCCCCACUACACCACCACCUCCAUCAACUCGCCCUACUACACCACCACCUCCAACACCAGCUGGUUGUGGUGAGGGUUUGUGCUCCUGUCCCUCUCCUAACGAGCGUUUCUGCGUCUUCUGUCAGAGUAUGGAAACUUGCAACAAUCUAGACAAGGAAGAAGCGUGCAGCGUGGUACCAGAGAGGAACGACAUCAACAUGACCGUCAGUGUUCUCUCCUGUGGAUUUCAGAUCAUCGUAAACGUGGAAGGAAUUGUCCGAGAAAAUGGAGGACUUGUGUGUGGGACGUCCAAAGGAGUGCCAGUAGAGACAGUAGUGAUGGCAGAAUGUUGGGGCAGCGUCACGUUGUUGGCACAGUGCCGCCCUGAUGGCAUGUGGCACCCAUAUGGCAAGAACCAGGGCCAGGCACCCUCCACGCAACACCUGUGUCAAGAUAAUAUCGUCAACUCUCCUGUGUGUGGUAAGCGGCCCAGGUACAGAAGUCUCGGUGCAAGCAAUCCGCUGAACAGGAAGCAACAACCACAAUGGCCUUGGCUGGCUGCUGUCAUCAUCAACGGGAAUCAUGGCUGCACGGCCACCGUCAUCACUCACGACUAUGUUCUCUCAGCUGCUCACUGCCUCACCAGAUCACAGGCGUCCAGUCAGGCAGUGAAUGCAGAAGACAUCAGAGUACAACACAUCCAGACCAACGGACAACUCGUUACGUCAUAUAUUAGCAGUGUGCAUCUGUUUCCGGAUUACAAACCAGGACGGAGACCUUCUAAUGACGUAUCUCUGCUUCGCUUGAAGAAUGCAAUCACCUUCUCCUACCAUAUACAGCCGGCUUGUGUCUUAACCCAAGACUUUCCUGGUGAAAAAACAGCUGUUACAUUUAAGCAUCAGAGCGGAGAUUACAAUUGGGAUGUAAUUCUUCAGCAACACGACUCUCGGUGUGAUUCUGCGCACAGCGCGUGUUCCAGAGCUACCAACAUUGACUCCAACCAGUUCUGCGCGAAUGAUAUUGUGUCCGAGAGAUUCUUAGAGGAAGGAUCAUCGGGAGGACCUUACCUAGUGAACGUUGGAACUCGUGCUCAGGAUCAGUGGGUGGUUGCUGGCCUGGUAACUUUCCACACCCAGGACACCUGUGGGAAACCACUCACUAUCUUCACCUCCCUGGUCAACUUCUGGCCUUGGAUCUCCCAAUGUGUGCACGAAGGAAAGUGUACAACUUAGCAUGAUCACUUAAUUCAUCCUGUGAUUAGAAUUUUAACUGGUAUGAUUUUGUGAUAUUCUUUUAAAGUUACUAUGUAAAUAUUAUUAUAAUAUACUUCAAGAUUCUGAUGAUGGAUGAAAAUUCGUCAGUAACGUCAAUAAAUAAAUCGGAUAAAUAA